CUGCAAUGUCUGCAGAGCUUCCAGAGCUAUACCUACACCUGACAACAUGGCUGAAGAACUUGUCUGUAGAAAGUAACAAGUUAUGCGGAGGUCCUCAAGAUUUCAAGUCAGCGUACCUUGACCAGCUAAUAGAUUGUAGAAGUGUGGUAUGUCAGAUACUGUCCGCUGAGGUUGAGACAAGGAGAAAGGAAACUUUACAGACUGUUGCAGAGUCGCUCACCGGCCAAAUAGUUAACUUAGAGAAGAUUGUGAACAAGAUACAAAGUGAAGGAUCAAAUACCAGUAAGACAACACCAGAAACAGCAGCCCUCACAACCAAAGAGGCAGAGUCACAACAACGCAGUGAGGCCAUCUCGUCCACAAUCCAGCAAAGCAAACACAGCCACAACUUCACCCAGGUAGCUGGACUAGAGCACGUGAAACAGACCUUGAGGGAGUCCCUUCUUCUUCCUGCUCAGUUUCCAGCCUUGUUCCAGGGUUGUAGGGCUCCUUGGAGGAGUCUACUACUUUACGGACCUCCAGGAACAGGAAAGACAGAGUUAGCGAGGGCAGUGAGUGGGGAAGCAGAUGCUGUCUUCUUCUCUGUCUCCACCUCAGAUCUUAUCUCCAGCUAUGUGGGGGAGAGUGAGAGACUUGUUCGACAACUCUUUGAAUCUGCUAGAAACCAGGAGCGACAAAGUGUGAUAUUUAUAGACGAGAUAGACAGUGUUUGUAGGGAGAGAAGCUCUCGAGAAGAGGAAUAUAGUAGACGAGUAAAGAACGAGCUCCUUAAACAGAUUGAGGGGGUGGGGACACACAAUGGUAAACUGUUCCUGCUAUGUGCUACUAACUGUCCUUGGGAACUUGAUACUGCUUUCUUGAGAAGGUUUGAGAGACGACUGUAUGUGCCACUUCCAAACUCUAAAACAAGAACAAAACUUAUCAAGAUGUUCUUGAAAGACACAGCUCAUAACAUAUCAGACGAUGACUGGGAGAUGUUAGAACGAGCAACAGAAGGGUACAGUGGCAGCGACCUGAAGUGUGCUGUAACAGAUGCAGGUCUCAUAGCAGUCCGGGAACUCACGACUACUACACACUGGGCACUACGGUACGCUAAGUGGUCUCCCUGUGCUGCAGAGAGUGCUGGUGCUAUACAGCUACCUAUAGAGCAGAUUAAACCUUCUCAGAUAUCGAUAAGAGGAGUGACAUCAGAAGACCUCAUGAUCGCACUAUCCAGAACCCCUCCGUCUGUAUCACAUAAAGAAGUUGAGAAACACCAAGCUUGGAAUGCCCCCAGGAAGCUCUCUGAGAUUUAGCUCGUUGUAAUGUUUCUGCGAAUUUAGAAUUAGAUCUUGAAUACCCAUUAAAAAACGAUGGAUAUUUUCAACGUCAUCAUUCAUCACAUUUUAUAUCAUAUCACAGUUUCAAGCAUAUCGUACUAUUUUAUUAUUUAAGCAUUCAGUAGUUACUUUUUGUUUUUUAAGAACAGUUAAUAUAAAAUGCAAUUUAAUUCACAAUAUUGACUAUUUGUAUAUUUAUAAUUUUAUUGAA